AUGGCGUUAUCCACUACUGAACUGGUGAAAUCAGGUGACAAAAUUUGUAUAUACAAUACUUCCAAAUCUUCGUUCAUCCAAUUAGAUUCGCACGGCCGAAGCUCCAGGGCCGUUUGGAUUAUUUCAUCCAAUGACAAAAUAAUUCGGGCUAAUUCGGUAAUUACUCUGCUAGAUAGUGCUGGAGGGAGGUAUUUGUCAUGUAAAUAUAUAUCUACACAGCCAUCUUACUGGAUAGUGAUGUUGGCCAUGGGUGGGGACACUGCACUGAUAAAUUCAUUCUCUGCAAUUAAAUUUAUUUGUCAAUGCCACAAACGAAUUCUUCAAUAUGCACACAGCGCAGAUGAAUUUACCCAAAAAGCUGGAUCUUGGGACAUUUGGCGGAUCGUUCAUUCCGACAGACUACGAGUGGGGAUUUUUGCUUCCCAUCUCCCGAAAUUACUAACAACUCCAACCGAUAUUGAUGGCAGUAGAGGGAAUGAAUCUGCAAUUUAUACGCUAGAAACAAAUAAUUUUUCAAGUGACAGAGAGUUGGAGACUAUUUUAAUGUCUUUAUUUUAUUUGGAUUGCAACAAUUCAGUAUCAAGUGGCGAAUACGAUGUUUGCGAAAACAAAAAAAUCGAAAACUUCCAUUUUACAGAACUUCUCAACUUCUCUGGAAUGCUAAAAAAAUGCGCCUCAUUUGUAGAGGAACAAAUUGGCCACAGAGCGCCUUCUGGUAGGGUUGACUACGUUAGGCAAACCAUAGCUACACAGGUAUACAAUGCCAUUGAAGGUUUUUACCAUAAAUUAUCCAAUGUUGACAUAUCAUGCAAUGGAAUGCUUAAUCUUAGGACGGCGCUAGAACCGGAGGUGGAAUUGUUUACGAGGAUCGUCAAAUUGAUCCCCUUUUGGAACGAUUGCAAUACAAUCAACUUUAUGCCCAAUGAUGUCCAAACCUUACAAAACCCCAUAUAUACCAAGAUACACCAAUCCAUUAGCGAUGCGCAACGAACAUUUUACAGCGACAGUAGCAACAGAUCAAUAUACGUGCUGUGUGAUAUUAUGGGCAAAGUCCCCCCGAAACACUUUGAUAAAACAAUAUUGGAUGCAUUGUCAAGAGAACUUUUCUCAAAAUUAGAUGAAAACAAAAACCCCAUAGCAACAAUAUUACACCGAACCAUUAAAGUAUGCCAUACAAGUAAAUUUGAUACGUUAUUCCCAAAUUCAUACCGUAUAAAAUAUUUUGCCCACCAGGCACUUUCCAGAGAAAUUACCGAGGCUAAACAAGGACUUACCAAAGUAUGGCUUAAUGCGUUAAAUCUUGGGAAAAAUCCCAGAGAUAUUUCGCUAUUGGAGCUCCAAAAUGGUGCUUGCCUGCUGAGGUGGAGGAUGAGGACAUAUCUAGACGAACUGGAUCUGACAACCAGAACACGGGCGAAUAACCUACCGGUAGUGACUUGUUUGGAAGAAUUAAUAAAGGGUUAUAAGUGCUACUGUAAUGCACUGCAAUUUGAUGCCAGACUUUAUGACCUCAUAUACGAGUGCCUCCAAUUCUCAAAAUACUUCACUGUCCAGCACAAUAUAACUAAUAGCCACACUGUCAACAUUUCCAUAGUUAGGGAUGGAGAGGCGAAGUUAAGUGAACUAUGGACAAAUUUUUACAAACAAUGUGCGCAGUGUACACAGGUGGAAAAUGCACUAUCAUAG